AUGGUCACAGUCACAAUUACGGUGAUGGUAAUGGGUCGUCACAGUGAAGGUAAUGGUCAUGAUCACGGUAAUAAUGAUGGUAACGGUGAUAGUGGUGGUAACGAUCACAGUCACGGUGAUGGUAAUGGUGACGAUGACAGUAACUGUCAUAGUCACAGUUAUGGUGACGGUAAUGGUUACAAUGGUGAUGACACUAAAGGUAACAGUAACGGUGGUGGUAACGGUCAUAGUCACGGUGACGGUAACGAUCACGGUCACGAUCACGGUAACAGUGAAAAUAACGGUGACGAUGGCAGUAACGGUCACAAUCAUGGUGACGGUAAUGGUGACAGUGACGGUCACGAUAACGGUGAUGGCAAUAGUAAUGGUGACGAGAAAAGUAAGAGUAACAAUAAGUGUAAUGAUUACGGUUACUGUGACUGUAACGGUGAAGGUGAUAGGUACGACAAUGGUUAUGGUGACGCUAACAGUAAUGGUAAUAAUAACGGUGACGGUGACCGUAACGGUAAAGGUAAGGAUGAUGUUGUCGGUGACUAUAACAAUAACGAUAAUAGUGAUGAUAAUGGUGAUCGUAACGAUGGUUGUGAUGAUAAUCAUAAAGAUAAUGACUAUGGUAACAAAAACGGUAACGGUAAUAAUCGCGGUAACGUUAAAGGUAACGAUAACAGUGAUGGUAACGAUAAUGGCAAUAGUAACGAUAACGAUAGAGUUGACAGAAACCGUUACGAUGACAAUAACGGUGACAGUAAUGGUGACAAUGAUGGUAACGGUGACGGUAAUGGUAACGGUAACGGUUACGAAUACUGUAACGGUGACGGUUACGAUGACGUAAGGGUGAUGGUUACGGUAACAGUUACAAUGACGAUAAUGGUGAUGAGUAACGAUAAUGGUAACAGUAACGGUGACGGUGACGGUAACCCUGACGAUGAUAGAAAUGGUGGCGAUAACGGUUACGAUAAUAGUAAUGGUAACGGUGACGAUCACUAUCAUAAUCACGGUGACGACCACGGUAAUGGUUAUGGUAAUGGUAUUAGAGACAGUAACGAUUAUGGUAAUAGUUGCGGUGAUGGUAAUAGUGACGAUGAUAGUAACGAUAACAGUAACUAUCACGAUAACUAUGACGGUAACAGUAACGGUAAUGGUAACAAUAAUGGUAACGGCAACGAUGACGAUAAUGGUGAUAGUGACGAUAACGAUCACGAUCAUGGUUAUGGUGAUGGUAAAGGUUACGUGACGAUGACACUAAAGAUAACGUUAAUGGUGACGGUGACGGUAACGGUCACGGUGAUGGUCACAAUAACAAUGACAGUAAUGGUGAUAGUGGUGGUAACGGACACAGUCAUGGUGACAGUAACGGUAACGAUGACGGUGACGGUAACGGUAGCAAUGACGGUAACAGUGAAGGUGACGGCUACAAUAAGGGUUAAAGUGAUGGAAACAGUAAUGGUCAGUAACGAUAACAAUAAUGGUGAUGGUGACCGUAAUGGUAAAUGUAAGGAUGAUGGUGAUGGUGACUAUAACAGUAACAGUAAUAGUGACGGUGACGUAACGAUGACGAUAACGGUGACGGAAACGGUUACGAUAACGGUGAUGAUGACAAUAACGGUGACAGUGACGAUGACGAUAACGGUUAUGAUGACGGUAACGGUUACGGUGACGGUAACGGUUACGGACAGUUACGAUGGUGGUAACGACUACAGUGACAGUGACGGUAACGGUAACAGUUAUGGCGACGGUAACGGUAAUGGUUACAGUGGCGGUAACUGUAAUGGUAACGAUUACGAGGACGAAAAUGGUUACAGUGGCAAUAACGGUAACGGUUACGAUGAAGGUAAUGUUUAUGGUGAUGGUAACAAUUACGGUUAUGGUGAUGGUGACGAUAACGGUGAUUGUUAUUGUUACGGUGACGGUGAUGGUAAUAGUAUCGAUAACAGUGACGAUAAUGGAGAUGAUAAUGGUGACAAUAAUAGUAACGGUAAUGGUAAUAGUGACGGUUACGAUAAUGGUGAUGGUCACAGUCAUGAUCACGAUAACGAUCAUAGUAACGGUGACGAUAAUGGUGAUGAUAAUGGUUAUGAUAACGGUAACUAUAACAAUGACGGUAACAGUGAUGCUAAUAGUAACGGAAUGGUAACGGUGACGGUAACAGUGACGGUGACGGUAAUGAUGAUGGUAACAAUAACAGUAACAGUGACGGUGAUGGUGACGGUGACGGUAACGGUGAUAGUAACAGUUACGGUGAUGAUAAUUGUAAUGGUGACUGUGAUAAUAAUGGUAACGUUAUGGUUACGUAACGGUAACAGUAACAAUAAUGUUUAUGUUGACGGUGAUGAUAACGGUAACGGUGAUGAUAACGAUGACGGUAAGGGUAACGAGAACGAUCACAGUAACGGUAAUGGUAGCGAUCACUGUAACAGUAAUGGGGAUGGUCAUAGUGACGAUAAUGGUGAUGAUAACGUUCAUGAUUACGGUAACGAUAAUGGUAACAAUAAUGGUAACGGUGAUGAUAACGAUAACGAUAAUAGUGAUGGUUACUAUGACAAUAAAGGUGAUGGUAAUAGCAAUGGUAAUGGUAACAGUAACGAUAACGGUGAUGGAAAUGGUCACGGUAACGGUUACGAUCACAAUAAUGGUGAUGGUAAUGAUCAUGAUCACGAUAACAGUCACAGUAACUGUGACGGUAACUGUUAUAGUAAUGGUUAUGAUAAUUGUAACUAUAAUAGUGAUGGUAAAAAUUAUAGUAACGGUAAUAGUGACGGUAACAAUAAUGGUGACUGUAACAGUAACGAUAAUAGAAAUGGUAACGAUGACCGCAACGGUUACGAUUACUGUAAUGGUUACGGUAAUGGUAACGAUAAUAGUGACUGUGAUUGUAACGGUAACGGUGACAGUGACAGUGAGGUGAUGAUGACGGUAACGAUAAUGGUAACAGUAAUGGUGAAGAUAAUAGUAACUAUCACAGUAACGGUCACUUUAACGGUUAUGGCUAGGAUAAUGAUAAUCGUAACGGUGAUGGUCACAAUAAUGGUAAUUGACGGUGAUAGUAACGAUUAUAGUAACAAUUACGGUGAUAGUGAUGGUAACGGUGAUGAUAACAGUAUCGAAUACUGUAGUAGUAAUGGUAAUUGUAACAAUAACAAUAACAGUGUUGGUAAUGAUAAUGGUGAUGGUAACGGUAACUGUAACAGUAACAGUGACGGUAAUGGUAACAGUGAUGGUAACGGUAACGGUAACAGUGACGUUGACAGUAUUAGUGACGGUAACGGUGAUAGUAAUGGUAAUGGUGACUGGGAUGGUGACGGUCACAAUGAUAGUAAGAGUAACGGUGACGGUAACGGUAACGAGGACAAUCAUGGUAACAGUAAUGGUGACGAUAACGUUCACAAUUACGGUAAUAGUAAUGGUGAUGGUAACGAUAAUGGUGAUGGUAAUAGUAACGAUAACAGUAACGGUUACUACAAUGUGACGGUAAUAGUGAACAUGGCUGUAAUGGAAAUUACAAUGAUGGGCACGGUAACAAUAACGGUGACGAUGACUGUAGCGGUAACGGUGAUGGUCACUAGUAAUGGUAAUGAUGACGGUAAUGGUGACGGUAACGGUGACGGUGACAGUAACGGUUUUGGUAACAAUUAUGGUGAUAGUGAUGGUAACGAUCACUGUAACGAUGAUGAUAACAAUAUCGAAGAUGGUAACAGUAACGGUAACUGUAAUGAUAACGAUAAUGCUGUGGGUAAGGAUAACGGUGAUGUAACAGUCACAAUAACGGUGAAGAUAACGGUAUUACGGACGGUAACGGUAACGAUAACUAUAACGGUGAUGGUAUUGAAAAAGGUGACAGUAAUGGUAAGAGUGAUGGUAAAGGUAACGAUGAUAGUAACGGUAACGGUGACGUUGACUAUAAUAGUGACAGUAAUGGUGAUAGUAACGGUAACAGUGACGGUAACGGUAUUAGUGACUAUGAUGGUGACUUUGACGGUGAUGGUAACGGGUAACGAUAACGGUAACAGUAACAGUGAUGGUAACAUUGAUGAUAACAGUGACUAUGAUGGUAACGGUGACGAUUACAAUGACAGUAACGGUGAUAGUGUGGUAAUAGUAUCGGUAAGGAUGACAAUAACGGUGAUAGUAAUGGUGAUGAUGGAGACGGUAUCAGUAAUGGUAAUGGUAACAGUAACGGUCACGGUAACGAUAUCGGUGAUGAAGACGACUACAAUAAUGGUGAUUGUAACAAUCACGAUCACGAUAACAAUCACAGUAACAGUGACGUUAAUGGUUACAAUAACGGUAGCUAUAAUGGUGACGGUAAAAAUAACGAUAACGGUAACAAUGACGCUAACAGUAACGGUAAUGGUAAUAGUGAUGGUUAUGAUAAUGGUGAUUGUAACAGUCACGAUCACAAUAACAGUCACAGUAAUAGUGACGGUAAUGGUAACGGUAACGGUAACGGUUACAAUAAUGGUAUCUAUAACGGUGACAGUAAAAAUAACGGUAACGGUAACUAUGAUACUAACAAUAGCGGUAACGGUAACGUGGUGA